AAGAUGAAAACGCGGGCCCCGGCCUUCCCGGACCUCAGAGGUUCUCGGGCGCGCUCCUAGUCGGGUCUCCGGCCUGAUCCGGCCCGUUCUGCCCGGUCCGGCCCGUCUGCCCCGCCUGCCCCGCGCGCUGCUCGCCUCCCGCAGACUCCAGGUUCGGGGACUGGGUUCCCCGGGGUUGGCCGCGGAGUAAUCGCCGGCCGCCUGCGGAGAUGCCUGGGAAGAAGGCGCGUAAGAACGCGCAGCCUAGCCCGACGCGGGCCCCGGCAGAGGCUGAAAUUGAGUGUGCCCUUCAAUUAAGGAGAAUUGGAGACAAGCUGAGUUUCCUGCAGAAACUUCUGAAUCUGAUGUACAAACUCUUCGGCUCAGGAACCUGACUGCUUCAGAAGCCUUCUAAUGAGGCGACUCCUAUAAAGCUGGAUUUACCAUAUUUCACCCAUUAGUGGUGAGAGACUGCAUUAUAAUGGGGAAGAAUGUGAAGAAGCUCUCACUUGCUUUGGGAUGUGCUUGGAAAUGAAGAUGGAAUACAUCACAAUGAAAUUCUGUUGGAGUUUUCCCAGAAGUCAUUCGUUUAUUUUAAAGCAAGAAUUGAAGAGCUUUGAAAAUAUGGAAUGAAUUAUUAAACUUCUUUGUUUCUGCUUAGAGAAUUUUUCUAGUAUGUUUGUUGAAGGUUGAUGCCCAGCCUAGUGGAAGAAGAGUUGAUAAAUAACUAGAAUGUUUUGGCAGAGACCAAAAAACAGAAUAAGUUCAGUGUUUAUUUCUACUUAGGGAUGACAAUUCCAGAACAAUGUAUCAUAUUUGUUUUAUAUAUUUUAUCUUGUUAAAAGUAAAUAUUUCAUUCUGAGAACACUGAAUGUUAUAGUGAAUGUUGAUUUCAUAGGUCACUACAAAAUAUAAAAUAAUUUGAUAAUUUUUUUGACUUAAAAUGUAUUACUUCUGUUCAGAUGACUUUUCAUUAAAUGUGUUCCUGUGGGCCUUAACUGGGCAGUAUGGAAUUUGAAAAAAUUUGAUCAAAUUUGGUGCCAGUAAAAUUCCUAGGUUGAAUGUUAAAAGAUGAAGAGCAUAGGGAUUUUGGAUAACCAGGAAUAAUAGAAAAAAAAGUGAAUUUUACUUUUUACUGCUGAAUUAAAACUUGGUAAAACAAAUAUUCUAAAGUAAUUGUUUAUAAGAAAAUGAAUGUUUCUAAAGAAAUUUCUAAAAUUUGUAAAAUGCCCUUUUCCGCACUAAUCACUGUGAAUUCUAUAAGAAGUGAUUUUUACAAGAAGUUAAACAUGUUUUCAUUAUUAGGAUAUACUUUUUAAGUUAUUUUUAAAUAACAGUUUACAUUCAAUAUUAUUUUGUAUUAGUUUCAGGUAUAAGGGAUAUACUUUUUUAAAAAAAGAGGAAUAGAUUGUUCAUUCAGAAUGAAAAUUCUAUGUAUAAAUAUGAGAUUUUAAGGGAUUUUCACUCUGGGUGAAAUAUAUAUAUACAUAUAUAUAUAUAUAUAUAUAUAUAUAUAUAUGUAUGUAUAUAUAUAUAUAUACUAAUUUUCAUUAAAGUAACAGGUAGAUUCUGAGAAAGCUUUCAUGCAUUUCAUUUUUUUUUUUAAAAAAAGACCAGUCUAUGAACAAUUUCCAAAUAUAUAUAAAAACACCAUGAUUGAAUUUCAUCAAGAAUAAUAUUAUUUAUUUAACCUAUUUAUAAUUAAAAUAUUUUUUGUUUAGUUCAACAAUUUGUGUUAGUUGAAGUUACAGUUUUAGGUUAUGAAACAAGGGUUUUAUUGUUUGUGGUUUUUUUUUUUUUGUUUUUUUUACAAGGUUUUGAUAAUUACUUGAACUCCUACAGUAAGAAUGUUUUAAAAUAGGCCAGCAAUUUUCAACCUUUUCCAUCUCAUUGCACAUAUAAACUAAUUACUAAAGUUCUGUGGCACACCAAAAAAUUUUUAUUUUGCUGAUCUGACCAAAAAAAAUAGGUAUAAUUUUGAUUCAUUCACAUCUGACAGCUAUUGUUGUGUUGGCUGUUGUCAUUUUUUUAUUUGACAACCUAAAGGAAAUGAGGUCAGUGCUCCUGACUAAACAGUCAGGUAUUGCAUGUUUUAAAAAUUGUUGCAGCACACCGGUUGAAAAUUGCUGAUAUAUAGGCAAUAGUCACUUUGAUUUUUAAAAAAAAAAUACCUCAGUAUCUACUUUUCUUCAGUAUUACAUCUGUUUGUUUACUUAGUUGCAGAGAUAUUUCGUGUGUAUCUGCCUAGCGGAAGGCCUAUUUUGCCAUGUGGAUAUUUAUGGUCUGUAACUAUAUUUAUACAUGUAUAUAUACCUAUACUAGUAAAAGUGGAUACUGUAGCUGUAAACCAUUAAAAAUUAAUAUCAUUC